UUUGGUAUUGAACACGAAGAACACGUCGAAAUUAGCAAACCGAUGCAAUCAAAAGAGACUCUGUUCAUUAUGGAGAAGUUCAUCUUUUUAGCAUUUGUUGAUGUUCUGUUGGCUUCCCUAUUGAUGUUUCAGCCCAUCAUUUGUUCUAGCAACUUCACUGAUCAAGAGGCUCUCCUCCACUUCAAAUCAAAGAUGGAAGUCGACCCGACAAACACCAUCAAAGGUGGCAAUUGGACCGUGGAAGCAAAUUUCUGUGAAUGGAUUGGUGUCGUUUGCAGCAACCGCAGGCACAGAGUCAUAGCUUUAGACCUCUCGCACAUGGAUCUCCAGGGAAGACUCUCUCCCUACCUUGGCAAUCUUUCUCUCCUGGCUUCUCUUGAUCUCCGCAACAACAGUUUUUAUGGCAUGAUUCUAAUAGAAAUUAGUCAUUUACGCCGCUUGAAAGAACUUAUUCUCGAAUCGAACCAGUUCGAAGGGAACAUUCCUCCUAUCUUAACCCAGUGCCAGAAUCUCGAAGUCAUGUCACUUGCGAGGAACAAACUAACGGGUGGUAUACCAAGAGAAUUUGGCACCUUUCCUAAGUUGCAACAACUGAAUUUUAGCUCGAACGACUUACGCGGUCAAAUUCCAAGCUUCCUGGGCAACAUAUCUACAUUGCGAGUCAUUAAACUGGCCAAUGCUACUCUCACAGGUUCGAUUCCUUUAGCACUUUUCAAUAGAUCGCUCACAUGGGUCAAUUUGAAGGAUAAUUAUCUCUCUGGAAGUCUUCCCUCCAAUCUUUGCUACCGCUGGCCUAACAUUCAGAUUCUUAUACUGCGUCAAAAUCAAUUCAGCGGCCUGCUACCAAAGACGCUAACCCAAUGCAAAGAGCUUAUCAUAUUGUGGUUGGCUUACAAUAGUUUUCAGGGAAGCAUUCCUCGAGAUAUAGGCAACCUCCAAAAGCUGCAAUGGCUCUCUUUUUAUGCUAACAACUUGACUGGCACAAUUCCACGAACCAUCGGUAACAUGUCAAGCUUGCAGGAGCUAAGGAUAGGACCUAACUACAUUGAAGGGGAGAUUCCAAGUGAGAUUGGCAAUUUGGUCAAUCUGCAACAAAUGGUCCUUGGGGAAAAUUUGCUAACCGGCCAAGUGCCUCAAGAGGUUUUUAAUAUUUCUUCACUCCGAGUGCUUAUUUUGAUGUACAAUUCCCUCUCUGGAAGCCUUCCCUCAGGUAGAGAUCUAAGCCUUCCGAAUUUGAGAGGUCUAUAUCUAUCAAACAAUGGCUUUGGCGGCAACAUCCCACAGUAUUUCUCGAAUUUUUCGAACCUAAUCUUUUUUGAUGUCGGUUACAAUCAACUCAGUGGACCCAUACCUACGGGUUUGGGCAACUUGAAGAACCUCGAAGCCUUAGUACUUAUAUCUAAUCGGCUAACAAGUGAGACUUACGGUUCGGAGCUUAGUGUUCUCUCUGCUUUAUCUAAUUGUCUGUUUCUGCGACUCUUGGUGUUGGAAGGCAACCCGCUUUGUGGCUCCAUACCAGAAUCUAUCAAGAACUUCUCCAGUUCCCUACAAGUUCUAGUUGCUCCCAAUUGUCAAAUAAGAGGUCGUAUUCCUGAGGAAAUGGGUUUCUUGAAGAGAUUGACUUUGCUAGAGUUGAGCAAUAAUGCUUUAGAUGGCAACAUCCCAUCAUCAAUCGGAGGACUAGAAAGGUUGCAACGGCUGCGUCUUGAUAACAACCAUCUCGAAGGACCGAUCCCCGAUGAGAUAUGCAACUUGAAAGGUUUAGGAGAGUUGCUGCUCCAGCAAAACAGGAUAUCGGGAUCAAUCCCGAAUUGCAUUGAAAACCUUAGCAGCCUUCAAAAUUUUCUCAUAAGCUCGAAUAACAUGACAUCAGUUAUACCAUUUAGUCUGUGGGGCCUUCGAGAACUCAUCUUCCUCAAUCUAUCACUCAAUUCUUUCAAUGGAGGACUGCCACUUGAAAUAGGGAAGAUGAGAGCUAUAAAUAGUAUUGAUCUUUCUUGGAACCGACUUUCUGGUGCCAUACCGAGUUCCAUCCAAGAGCUUGAGAGCCUUGCUUCUCUCAACUUGUCAAGGAACUUGUUUCAAGGAUUGAUACCGCAAUCGAUCUGUCAUCUCAAAGGGUUGGAAUUCCUUGAUCUCUCCUACAAUGAGUUAUCAGGCACGAUACCUAAGUCCUUGGAAGCACUUGCAUUUCUACAAAUUUUGAACUUGUCCUUUAAUAAGCUAUCGGGAGAGAUUCCUAAUGGCGGGCCCUUUGGAAAAUUCUCAGUUCUCUCUUUCAUUGGGAAUGAAGCACUUUGUGGAAAUGCGAUUUUUCAAGUCCCACGUUGCAAGGUAAAUGGAAUGAAAUCAUCAAGGGACAAGCGGCUCCAUAUACUAUACAUUAUUGUGCCAAUCGUAUCAGCUAUAUUUUUAGUCCCUGUCAUUUGCUUAUUUAGGAAGCGUGGGAAUACCAGUAAAAAAGCUUCAGUUUCGAUGGAGAACUUGCCUAGAAUUGACCACCCAAUGAUAUCAUAUCGGGAGCUUUGCUUGGCUACUAACAACUUCAGCGAAAGCAAUUUGCUCGGAGCAGGAAGCUUUAGCUCUGUAUAUAAAGGGACUCUGGCCAAUGGGAUAGACAUCGCGGUCAAAUUACUGAAUCUCCAUAUUGAAGGUGCUCUGAAAAGUUUUGACGCAGAAUGCGAUGCUUUCCGUAUGAUCCGGCACCGCAAUCUCGUCAAAGUGAUCAGCACCUGCACGAACGCCAAUCUGAGAGCUUUAGUGCUGCAAUACGUGCCUUGUGGCAGCUUGGAGAAGUGGAUGUACUCCAACAACUACAACUUGGAUCUCCAUCAGCGAGUGAAGAUAAUGGUCGAUGUCGCAACGGCAAUCGAGUAUCUCCACCAUGGCCAACCAAAGCCCAUUGUGCAUUGCGAUCUGAAGCCUAGCAAUAUUCUUCUAAACGAGGACCUAGUCGCACAAGUCUCUGACUUUGGAAUUGCCAAGAUUUUGGCUGAGAACAAGCUCGAAACACAAACCCAAACUCUCGGCACGAUUGGUUACAUUGCUCCAGAGUAUGGUUCGGAAGGGAAAGUCUCGACAAAAGGAGAUGUAUACAGCUUCGGCAUAUUGUUGUUGGAAGUGAUUACUGGGAAGAAGCCAACCGGUGAAAUGUUCAAUGCGGAUGUCAGCUUGAGGCAAUGGGUAGGUGCAGCAAUUCGAGAGAGAGUGCUUGACAUUGUGGAUAGCAAAAUCCUUCACACGAAACAUGAAGAUCCGGUGCUUUCAAAAUUCCAUAGCAUAGUCUUAUUAAUACUAGAAUUAGGACUAGAAUGUUCAAAGGACUUGCCCGAGGAAAGAAUGGACAUGAAAACUGUCGUGGUUAAGCUCAACAAGAUCAAGUUGUCACUUCCUUAACAAGAAAACAAGGCCGAGAGUAGCUCAGAGAAUUUGAACUUAGCAUUUUCAUA